AUGGGAGAAUUUGAAAGUUCUAUGAAGGAGAAAUUUGCCAUGAUUGAUCUAGGCAAAAUGAAGGACUUCUUGGGUGUUGAGGUGAAUCAAACUCAACAAGGGAUUUUCAUACAUCAACAGAAAUAUGCAUAUGAAAUCCUCAGCAUGUUUGGUAUGGGAGAUUGCAAUGAAGUUUGCAGUCCAAUUGUGCCAGGGUGCAAGCUUGUGAAGGAUGAAAGAGCAACUAGACCUAAUAUGACAUUUUCUAUGUGCCUUGCUGCAAGGUAUAUGGACAGACCAACAGAAAUGCAUAUUGAUGCGGUCAAGAGAGUUCUGAGAUACUUGAAGUGCACAAUGAGUUAUGGAGUCUUGUAUAAAAAUAAUAGUGAAAAAAAAUUGAAUUUAGUAGGUUGGACAUAUUCUAAUUAUGCUGGAGACUAUGAUGACAGGAAGAGCACAUCUGGCUAUGUUUUCACCAUGGGUACUGGGUUAUUUCUUAGUCCUCGAAGAAACAACCUAUUGUCACUCUGUCAACCACUAAGCCAGAGUUUGUGGCCGCUGCAUCAUGUGCGUGUCAAGGAAUGUGUCUGA